AUGCGCCUUUUUGUUUUCCCCAUCCUCGCAUUGGCAUUUCCGUGUGCCAUGCUCCCUUUGGCUUCAUCAUUCCCAUUAACCCCGCCCCUGGCCCGUCCUGCGCUUCCUCUUCUGCCGUCUGCCAUCGGUGCCAUCCAUGCAUACCUUACCUAUGGAGUACGGAGUACACUCUUCUUCUUUCUCGUCCACAAGCCUCAUCCUUCUCAUGUCAGUCUGCUAAUGUGCCUACCGUCACAGUACUAUGUGGGCUCGGUGGGUAUCGUCUGA